GAGCAGAAGACGCAGCUGGAGAAGGAGGCGUCCCGCAGCCGCAUCCCCCGCCUGAUCCUCCGACCGCAGCAGAAGGUAUCCCCCGCUUCCGAAUCGCCCUUUUCGGAAGAGGAGAGCCGGGAAUUCAACCCGCUCAGUUCCUCCGGGGGCUCCCGCAGGACCGUCAGCAGCAACAGCUUCUGCUCAGAUGACACUGGCUGUCCUAGUAGCCAGUCAGUCUCUCCAGUUAAGACUCCUUCUGAUGCUGGAAACAGUCCAAUCAGUUUUUGCACUGGUAGCGAUGGAGACUUCUCCAGGAAGAAAUUCAGUCCAGGGACAAUGAGCGAAGGGAACCCGCAGCUGGCUCGAUAUAAGAAGGAGACAAAGACAAGCCUUGUAAAGCCUGGUGAGUAUAGUACAGUUCCUUUCAUUUCUUUAAUUACACUUCCUAACUGA